AUGAGUUUACUUUACAAGGCUUCUUCAUUGAAGAAGCAAAAUGUUAACACAUUUCAAAGGUUUUUCUCAAUCUCCUCAAUCACUUUAUCUGAAAAGAAAUUGAAUAAAUAUUCUUCAAUUGUUACAUCUGAUCCUUCUCAAGGUGCAUCUCAAGCUAUGCUUUAUGCUACUGGAUUUGAUGAUGCUGAUUUCUCUAAGGCUCAAGUUGGUGUAGGAUCUGUUUGGUGGUCAGGAAAUCCAUGUAAUAUGCAUCUUAUGGAAUUAAAUAAUAGAUGUACUGAAUCAGUUAAUAAAGCAGGAUUAAAAGGUAUGCAAUUUAAUUCUAUUGGAGUUUCUGAUGGUAUUACCAAUGGUACUGAAGGUAUGAGAUAUUCAUUGCAAUCAAGAGAAAUUAUUGCCGAUUCUUUUGAAACUAUGACUUUAGGUCAAUUAUAUGAUGCUAAUAUCUCUAUUCCAUCUUGUGAUAAGAAUAUGCCUGGUGUUUUAAUGGCUAUGGCAAGACAUAAUAGACCUUCUAUUAUGGUUUAUGGUGGUACUAUUUUACCAGGAUCUCCAACUUGUGGUAAUCCAACUAUUCCUGAUAAAAUUGAUAUCAUUUCUGCUUUCCAAUCUUAUGGUCAAUAUUUAUCUAAGUCUAUUACAAAUGAUGAAAGAAAAGAUAUUGUAAGACAUGCUUGUCCAGGUCCUGGUGCUUGUGGUGGUAUGUAUACUGCCAAUACUAUGGCCUCAGCCAUUGAAGUUUUAGGUAUGUCUUUACCAUUUUCAUCAUCUGCUCCAGCAGUCUCUAAGGAAAAGGAAGAAGAAUGUGCUAAUAUUGGUGAAGCCAUUAAGAACUUAUUAAUAUUAGAUUUGAAACCAAGAGAUAUCAUGACAAAGAAGUCCUUUGAAAAUGCUAUUACUUAUGUUAUUGCAACUGGUGGUUCAACUAAUGCUGUAUUACAUAUUAUUGCUAUUGCUUCAUCUGCUGGUAUUGAAAUAACCGUGGAUGAUUUCCAAAGAAUUUCUGAUUCUACACCAUUGUUGGCUGAUUUCAAACCAUCUGGUAAAUACGUUAUGGCUGAUUUACAAGGUGUUGGAGGUACUCCAGCUGUAUUGAAAUACUUAGUAUCCGAAGGUUUAAUUGAUGCAUCACAAUACACUGUUACUGGUAAGACUAUUAAAGAAAACUUAGAAAAGGUAUCUGGUUUACCUAAAGGUCAAGACAUUGUUAGACCGAUUUCAAAUCCAUUGAAAACAAGUGGUCAUUUACAAAUCUUGAAAGGUUCUUUAGCUCCUGGUUCUGCUGUUGGUAAGAUUACUGGUAAAGAAGGUACCUACUUUAAGGGUAAAGCUAGAGUAUUUGAUGAUGAAGGUGCCUUUAUUACUGCUUUAGAAAAAGGUGAAAUCAAAAAAGGUGAAAAGACUGUUUGUGUCAUUAGAUAUGAAGGUCCAAAGGGUGGUCCAGGUAUGCCAGAAAUGUUAAAACCAUCAUCUGCUUUAAUGGGUUACGGUUUAGGUAAAGAUGUUGCACUUUUAACUGAUGGUAGAUUUUCUGGUGGAUCUCAUGGUUUCUUAAUUGGUCAUAUUGUUCCAGAAGCUGCUGAAGGUGGUCCAAUUGCUUUUGUUCAAGAUGGUGAUGAAAUUGUCAUUGAUGCUGAUAAGAAUAUUAUUGAUUUAUUAGUUGAUGAAUCUGUAUUAGCUGAAAGAAGAAAAGGUUGGACUCCUCCACCACCAAGAUAUACUAGAGGUACAUUAGCUAAAUAUGCUAAAUUAGUUAGUGAUGCUUCUAAAGGUUGUGUUACUGAUUUAGUAUAA